GUAUCUCUGCCGACUCUAGCUACACAAGUUCACAAGUCAACUGAGUCCGUUGAGUGUUGUAGACUAGACCUGUACACUGGCUGUAGCUCUACUCCUAGAUUUUCAUUUCUUGAGUGUGGGACAACACAAACAGUAACAGUUACCUCGGCUCUACUUCUGUGAACAACCUACUACUGUACUAGUUUGUGAACCUACCCGUCUUGGCCGAACUCACUUUUGUUGCUCCGUCGAGUCCCACAGCCUUCUGAAGUGCAUUGGCAGCAGGGAGUAGCACACGCUGUGUCCUGGGCUAGGAUAGAGUCAUUUUGAGGCCCGUGCGAGUGCGGAGCACAGUUUCUGUUCAGGAAGUGAUUGCCGCCGCUUCUGCGUCAAGCACUCUUUCACAUUGACCCUGGCCUGGAAAACCUACGGCGAGAGUGUGUGCGUUUGAAGUAGAUCAGCAACUAGCAGUGCUGCCUGCUCUUUUGCCGCUGCCUCCUCGCAGUACUACGGACACGGGCAAUUUAGCAACCGAAGUUCCGAACUCCGGCUGCUGUUGCCGCUUCUGCUUUCUCUCCGACUCUGAAAAGUAAUUUCCGCGCAUUACAGUUGCGUCUGUGACACUUGCAAAGAAGGCGAAGAUGGCUCUUGUUCCUCAUAGAAGUCCAUUUGUUUUCCUAAUAAUCUCUAGUAUUCUAUGCUGUGCGCAAGCACAGCUUCCUGGGGGCGGACCUCUCGAAGAAUUCCAUGUAUCUGGCUCCAAUGUAACGGCCGUAACAUGCAACACUUCCGACCCGACCACAAUUAGAUUUGUGCACCUAGGUGCUGGCGGCGUUAGUGCAGCGCAACUGGUUCCUUUUUACGAUGCUUCUGAUUCCACCCAAACUGAGUUCCAGCGUUUGAUUUCAAAUACGAGCAGCUACUUCAUCUACCAACUUCACAUUAUCAAUUAUGACGGAAUACGAGCAGUCUAUGGGUGUGGGCCAGUAACAUCACUUGCCACUAGUCAGUAUACCAUUCUACGCACUGAGCCAAUUCUGGGCUUGGCCACUGUUGAUGGUGCUAGCACUGGACUGGGUCAUCAGCCGGCCAUACCACAUGUUUUCAAUGAAGGAUCACCCAUCCCACCAGUUGUCUGUUUUCCUAAUACUGGACAGCCAACAAGGAACACGGUAACACUCAACAUAACUUAUGAUGAUGGUCGCACAGAAACAUUCCGACCACCCCCCGUUGCCAGAGGAGUAGAUUUCCCAAUCCGCAGUGCCCGGAAUUCAUCUGGGGUCUAUGUGUGCUACGCUGCGAAUGAAGCAAACACUGGCCCUUUUCCCCCUAUUGUUUUCACAUUCAAUGUAACUGUAUAUUUCCGACCUGACUUCUCUAACACUGAGCGUGAACGUUCUGUUGUUGAGGGUACCAGGCUGUUCUUGACAGUCUAUGUGUCCAGCCGUCCCGACCUGAGUGCGUUUGACUUGGUCAGUCCCAGUGGUGCAAGGUCCUCAUUGCUGUCCCAAUAUCAAGCUGCAGCACCCACCAACAAUCUAAUGACUGAGCGCAAGGUGACAGCUCUGGAUGUAGCAUCAGCGGAUUCAACUCACAAUGGUGUGUACGUGUGUGAAGCAACCAAUCAAAUUUCCGGUGGUCCAGGUUCAAGCUCAGUCAAUAUCACUGUCCGCGUUAUCAGCCCUCCCGGUGCACCACGCAACAUCACCCUUCUCUCCAACGCCUCCACCUUCAUUGAACUGUCCUACGUGCAACCGGCUGAUGAUGGAAAUUCCAAUAUCAUUGGAUACAGAGUCAUGUGUAGCACUGACUUUGGUGAUGCCAGUCGUGAAGGACAUGUCGUGGUAGCUAAUGUGUCCGCCCUCACUGCCAACAUAACGGGACUGUACGCUGGAGAGAUCUACACAUGCACAGUUGAGGCGAGAAAUGAAGCCGGCUUUGGAGCAUCGGCCUCGCGCAGUGAAAUAGAACUUCUACCGGGUGAACCGUGCGCACCAGUGGUGAUGCAGAACUUCGGGCCGGACAGCCUGUCUCUACAAGUGAUCUAUCCGUGUGACGGUGGUAAUGCUGCCACUUGCACCAUCAUAAGAUCUCCAGACGGCUUCUCAAGCGACAUGUGUACAAUUGGACAGAGGAUCAACGUGAACGACAGUACUGCCGUCGUAGGCGUGGUGUACACAUAUACCAUCACGAUAAAUAAUGGCUUAGGGCCAGUGUCCACAACGUUCAGUGCAAGUAUCAUGACCGCACCCCCCUCUCCUACAACAACAGUACAGCUGCAGAGUACCGGAUUGCCGAAUACCCCGAGUGUGGCUCCUUCAACUAUUCCUCCAACAGCAACUGUCACAGUCCAAACUACGAACGAGGCGAUUACUGAGGAAGCGAGGGGUGGAUUGUCGGGUGGUGCGAUUGCUGGGAUCAUCAUCGGCGUCAUCGUUCUCAUUGUCUUGGUCGUCCUGCUGGUUGUCAUCAUUUUAAGAAACCGUGACAAGCCGUCAGGCAAUAGCACUGCUGGUGUCAGCUACCGCAAGACCAACACCCAGGCAUCUUCUCCUCCUAAGGAUGAACUUCACUACGCAAAUGUCGACCAUGCUCACAAAGACGGAGCCAAGGGUGGAGCCGCCGCUGCUAACAAGGGAACACAGUCCACCAACUACGCCCCAUUAGACUUUGACAAGUCUGGAAAGAAGGGUGACGCCGAGAAUCCAGUAGGAGCUGCGUCCACUAUAGUUUAGGAAGGGAGACUUGGUUCCCACUAGCGUGCACAAUUGUGUUGCUGUGUGUGUGUGUGUGUGUGUGUGUGUGUGUGUGUGUGUGUGUGUGUGUGUGUGUGUGUGUGUGUGUGUGUGUGUGUGUGUGUGCUUUCGCUCGCAUGUCCGUGCGUGUGAGAGAUUCAUCUAUGUCCACGUGUUUCUUUUUCUUCUUCUUUUGCAUAUACCCCUUUCUUGUGCGUGUUCUGGGCCCUGCUCCCUGCUCCCUGUUCUUGUGCUGAUCGCCCCGUGCCAACUAGUGGUACGUGCUGUGGUGGUGGUGGUGAUGGUCGUGUGUUAUGUCGACGAUACCUCUGCUGUCCAAGCAGUGGUGACGUGUGUGUAUGUUACGUCCAUGAUGCUGCCUUUGCUGUGCAAACCGCGGCUGCCUUGAUCUGGCCCAUGUACAGUCUCCACUCUGUACGCCAUGCACCAGUAGCAUGUACAGCAGCAUCACUCUACGCCCAGCCCACGUUUCUUCAGCACAUUGCCAUGGUAGUGUGGAUUCCCCAGUUGCAAGUUCAGGCUUCCACGCGCUCAGUAGUCUGACUACUUGCUUCCUUCAAGGAAGCGCGUGCUCCAGACCUGUGGCGAGGGGCCCGGUGAACAUUGACCAGCGGUCCAUGGCUUCAUGUAUGUGCUUGAUAGCCCGUCCCGCUGCCUGCCAUGAUUGCCAUCUUCCCAGCCGUUCCCCCCGAUGCGCCCGCACUGCAAGAACCUUUCCGCUGGUCACUUCACUGCAUGUGUUUGUUUAGGGACUUGCAUGCGAAACAGCUGGAACUGCUGAUGGCAAGGAAUUCCUGCCACAAUGCACAUGCCUUACAGAAUCGGAACCUGUGUUACGACAAUAGAGAUAGCUCAAUGGUUUGACCUUGCAUUACAUAUGUCGAGAAAGAUUUGAUGACAACCGAGUCUAGAGCUUUUCAUUCCUCCUGUUUUUUAUUUGUUUUUUUGCGUGCUUGUUCUCAUUGGAGCUGUUGUGUAUGUUGUUUGGCGCAGUUUUUGUUUUUUUUGCUUGAUUGCAGGUGGCUGUCGCCUGCUGCAGCCAAACUGCUGCCCAAUCUGCUGCUGUGCUUUGUGCGUAUUUGCAUGACUUGCAUUCAAUAUUUACGUCAUCGUUUUCCCGUGUCCUGAUGCGCCUACAAACGCAAGUGUCAUUCUGUUCCUUGUGGCGCUACUCCGCUCCUGCUCAUCCAUCGGCUUCAUUUCUGGUAACAUUUCUCGUAAUAGGCCCUCUUCUUCUUUUUUUUACAUCCUUCUCUCUCCAUAUGGUGCACCCUGCGUGCUCUUCGUUUCGUCCACUGCUUAGCACUUUUUUAGCUGUUUGAUGCUGCACUCAGCAUUAAAUUUUGUGUUUGUGCACUCAACACUCCACCAUCUUGCAUAUCAUGCUGGCCACUUCUUUUUACGGAAAAAAACUGCGCUUCAUAGUGUCA